AUGGCGAAGAAGCAGAAGCCCACUUCGGCAGCACCGACGAGCGAGAUUGACGACAUCUUUGGCGGAGGUAGCGCUUCCGCAUCGGCGAGCAAGACCAAGCUGAAGACAGAGUCCAAGAGCGAUGGCAAGGGGAAGACUGGUGAUGGCAAGAAGGCCAAGAGCAGCAAGAGCGGCGAGGGAGCCUCACAGCCAGCGGAGGAACAACCGGAGAAGAAGCGCAAGCGACACGACGACGCAACGUCCAGCACGAACGCUGAAACAACGAGCAAGGCGAAGCCAAAGAAGCCCAAAUCGCGAGCUGUCGAAGUGGUCAGCGACACCUCCGCACCCUCACAUACGAUCUCCCAGCCGCCCCCACCAACAUCCUCAAAGUCCACUUCCAGGAGUAGCUCCGCAGCGAGAAAGCCGCCAGCGGACGACUUGGACGAGUUCACCGACAGCCGCGGCACCAGCGCACGGAAGCGCACCGAUGACGGCCUGCGCAUCUUCACCGCGGAAGAGCUGAAGCUGGGUCAGGGAGGCGAUACGCCCUUGUGUCCGUUCGAUUGCGAUUGCUGCUUCUAA